UUUUCCUUUCUCGGUGGAGUUUGCAAGUACGAGCGGGUGGAGAACGGGCGUCCAUUUUGCUUCGCCAUAUUGAAUUUGGUCGGACAUCUUUGGACGCCAUGUUUAGUCGGACAUAUUUUAUAAACAUUUUCGCGUAAAUUUCAAAUAUUUUCGAGCCUAAAUAUCGAACUUUUUUUCACUGAAAACUGUGGCACUAGUUGCGGUAAAUAUUACGUUGGAAAAUUCCGUGCCAACGCAUCUCUCCAUUUUUGUCUCCUGGGGGCUGUCGGUGCUUUUGUUACUGGAUAAAUACAGGUGAACCAUCAAUAUGAUGAAUCAGGAGAUAAUGUGUGAGGUGGAGAUUGGGACGCACGGGUCUAUGGUGGAGAUUGAGGGCGAUGAUCAAGUUGGAGUCAAGUAUGAAGAAAUAGAGACUGGUCAAUAUGAGGAGUACAUAACAGAUGAUCAGUAUGAGGAAGUGGAGGAGCAGGUGAUUGGUAUGCAGCACCUCGAGGAAGACUAUAAAAUUUCAGUUGGCAGUGAAGAGGUCAUUUUACCUGGAAUAUCCGGGGAAGAGGUCCUGAACGCGAGCACGGAUUCCCAUUACGAUCCAUUAUACACAGUGCCGCCAUCUACAAGCAGUUUGCCUGAUUCUUCCAACAGAGGGCGCGGCAGGCCUCGUUCAAAUGUCAACAAUAACGCCAAUAAUAUACAGCAUUUAAUGCCUAUAGGAGAAGUUCCCGUAGGUCUCAUGGAUGGAGUAUCAGGUCGAGGGCCGGCGCGGCGCUGGGAACAGAAGCAAGUCCAGAUCAAAACUAUGGAGGGAGAGUUCUCAGUCACCAUGUGGGCUACUGGGGAAGAUGAUGAUGACGGUUCCAAUCCCGAGCCGGAUCCCGACUACACAGAGUAUAUGACCGGCAAGAAGAGUAUAUUAGGAAGUGAAUCCAUGCCCGGUCUAGACUUGUCAGAUCCGAAACAGCUGGCAGAGUUUGCGCGUCCCGGUCACAAGAUAAGACUAAAGAAACCCAUGCCAGAAUCUUCAGAUAGAACUAUUGCGUGUCCCCACAAAGGCUGCACGAAGAUGUUCAGAGACAACUCGGCUAUGAGGAAACAUUUGCACACGCACGGGCCCAGGGUACACGUUUGUGCUGAAUGUGGUAAAGCGUUUGUAGAAAGCUCAAAAUUAAAACGCCACCAAUUAGUCCACACUGGCGAGAAACCUUUCCAGUGCACGUUCGAGGGCUGUGGGAAGCGAUUCUCCUUAGAUUUUAACUUAAGAACCCACGUCCGCAUUCAUACAGGCGACCGUCCGUACGUGUGUCCCUUCGAUGGAUGCAAUAAGAAGUUCGCCCAAAGCACCAACCUCAAGUCACAUAUACUUACACAUGCUAAAGCCAAAUCAAGAAACUCACUAUCACGGAACGGUGGUAAUUCCUACGAAUCGGCGCGAACAACGCCGCAGUACGUCCAAUUAGAAAUGUCUCCGGACGACUCAAACCCUCAACUUAUCUUCUACACUCACGAAUGAAGCAAGAAAAUCAGUGAAACAAGACUUGUGAAUUGUGAUGAUUAAAGACUUUUUUUUAGUGUCGUAAAAAUCGCGCAAAAAUAUCAAAACAAUGUCCUAAAGUGAUAUCUAAGUGAUUAAAGUUUGAAUAGUAAUUCAAUUAUGAAUUUUUUCAAUGUGGUUCAUAUGCAAGGACGCUAGUUAAGCGCUCGAAGCAAGACAUUUUAAUAUUCGAAGCAAGAAAAACAAAAAUUGCAAGACUGUUGAACAGUUUUGCAUAGUGAUCCAGAUAAGUGUAUGUUUUAACUUUUUAUUAUUUCUAUAUUUUCAUAAGCUUUGGAAUAGACCAAAGGUAUUUUACGUUUUAAAAAAAGUAAUUUUAGUUUUACAUUACUGUAUUUCAGUACUGUUUACUAACGAAAUUGUAUUAUUGGCACAUUUCUCUUAUGUUUUCGCACCGUUUGCUUUGUUUAAAAUAACUAUAAAACUCAGCUUAGCGUGUUUAAACAUAAAAGCUCAAUAAUCUAAAAAAAAUCCUAAGUCACUCGUCUAGUUUCAAGCCCCGAUAGGGUCCAUAGGCAUUGCUCGAAAACCAUCGAAUGUCGUGCUAUAGGAUCGUUCGAUAUUAUGAAUAAAAAAUACGCUUUGUUUUUAAACACCUAAGCUGAGGAUAACGCAAUGAAAUCCAUAAUAUGUUUAUACCUAAAACAAUAUAUUUUUCUUUAUUUAGUCUUAUGACUGGCGUGAAAAGGUUUCCGUGUGAAGAACAACCUCUUUUUUGCAUUAUGGAAAUUAAAUAUUAUAAUUUAAAGUAGGUUAUGUAAGAUAUGGAAUGAUCCUUCAUUGUUGUUUAUAAAUACUGCAUAUUGAUGUUUGGAGUGAAACAACUUCUUUAAUUUUUGUAUUAUUUGAGGAGGGUCUUCUGGGGGUUUUAGUCACUCAUAAAGAAGCUGCAUACAUGUAGGCGGAGACUUGGCCAAUGGUCUCUUUCCAAAGGUUGAAUUGCCGUAUUUACCGGUGUGUACUAUCAAUAAUAUUCCUCAGUCACAGAUAGACAGUCUGAAGAUAAGCCACUUCUCAACUAUGAGGGUAAAAGCUCAAAACCUGUAAGUUCCAAUGUGACAUUUCAAAGUUAUAUGUAGUUUCUAACAUUAUUAAGGCACCACUGACAUACCAUGAAGGAAUUCCUCGUGAGAAAUCCAGGACUUAUAAAUAUCAAAAUAUAAGUUUGAAAAGGCAAUAAACUUUGAGUGACCAUAUUGUUUCAAUUGUCACAUUCAUGUGACAAAAAAAGAAACAGGAUUAUUCCAAACACAAUUCUAUGCUGUUACUGAGACCUUAAAAAAACAAGUUCCUAAAAAAGAGGUUGAUCUUCACAAAGUUAAAAGGAAUUUGUAAAUUUUGUACCAUAUAAAUGCCAAAAAAUAUUAUGUAUUGUAUUAUAAUUUUCAUCGAGUUAAGUUGAGGGGAAUUUGUGUGAUUCCACUAUCACAAAUGACUUCCAUAGGCUAUAAAUUGUCAUUUUAUCUAUAAACAGACUGCUGAAUAUGAUCUUUGGUGAUUUGAAUCUAUAAAAGUGAUAAUGACAGUUUUUUUUAUUGUAAAUAACAACUUGGCACGUGAAUUAA